AUGGUUACCUUUAUGAAUGUGGUUACACUUGCAUUUGAGCAUAGAUGUUCAGAAGUGAAAUUUCAUCUUGGUGAAUUUUUACUUUGCAGAGCAUCAAGAAAACAAAGAUGUAUUGCAACUGUGGCAGACAAUAUCUGGAAGGACGGGGACAUGCUCAUCAGUGUGUUCUUACCCAUGUAUUCAUAUCUAACAUCACAACAUACUAGAGGUCCAGACAGCACAGACAUUAUAAAUGAAUUACAUCCAAAUAAGUACCAGCAUGUCCUUGCAUUGGUUUUUGCCAUUGAAGAGAUCAAUAGAAACCCACAUCUUUUACCAAACAUAAGUAUUGGAUACAGUGUAUAUAAUUCUGAGGCAAAUUUUGCAAAAACUUUGUUGAGCACUAUCAAGUACCUCACAGGCAUGGAUAAAGACAUCCCUAACUAUACCUUUAAAAAAGAUAUGAACACGCUAGCAGUCAUUACAGGAACAACAUGGGAAAUUUCUUACCAAAUUGGGAUUUUUUUGGUACUCUACAAAUAUCCACAGCUAACCAUUGGGCCUAUUGAUCCAAUGCUGAGUGACGAUAUCAAGUUUCCUUCUCUCUGUCAGAUGGCCCCUAAAGACACAACACUAGCCCGUGGCAUGGUCUCUUUGAUGGUUCAUUUUAAGUGGACUUGGGUGGGACUGGUCAUCUCAGAGAAUGAAAAAGGUAUUAGAUUCCUUUCAGACUUGAGGAGAGAAAUGGAGAAGAACAAUGUGUGUGCUGCCUUUGUGCAAAUGAUCAGAGUCAACUUUACUUUCCACUUGAAUGAUUCAUUCAUCUACCAUAGCCCAAUCAUGAGGGAAACGGCAAAUGUAGUCAUUGUUUUUGGUGACACUGAGUCCUCCGUAGGAACAGUAUUUAUGCAAUGGGAACAUAUAUUGCCAUGGAAAGUAUGGAUAACCACCUCACAGUGGGAUGUUACUAGCAGCAUGAGACACUUCAUCCUGGACUCUUUCCAUGGAACUCUCAUUUUUUCACAACAUCAUCCAGAUAUUUCUGCUUUUAAAGAUUUUAUUAAGAAUGUAAAACCAUCCAAUAACCCAGAUGACGCUUUCCUUUCAGAAAUAUGGAAUUUAUAUUUUAAUUGUCCAGUCUCAGAGUAUUCCUGUAAAACAAGAAAGAACUGUUCAUCUAAAGGAUCCUUGGCCUUAUUGCCUUGGGAUCGGUUUGACUUGAAAUUGAGUGAGGGGAGCUACCACAUAUAUAAUGCAGUUUAUGCUGUGGCCCAUAGCCUCCAUGAGAUGCUACUAAAAGAUGUAGAUAUGAAACCAGUGGACAGUAACAAAGGACAGUUUAUUUAUCCCUGGCAGCUGCACCGUUUUGUCAAGAGCAUUCAAUUUAAUAAUCCAGUUGGAGAGAGAAUAGAUAUGAGGCAGAGAGAAAAAUCAGAUGCACAGUAUGACAUUCUGAACUUCUGGAAUUUUCCUCAAGGUCUUGGACAUAAGGUGCAUGUAGGAACAUAUGUCCCACAUUCCCCACAUGAUGAACAAUUGUCUCUGUCAGAGAAUAUUAUAGAAUGGGGCACAGGAGUGAAACAGACACCCAUCUCUGUAUGUAGUAUAAGCUGUUCUCCUGGAUUUAGAAAAUUCCCUCAGGAGAACAAGGCUGCUUGCUGUUUUGAUUGCAACCCCUGCUUUGAGAAUGAAAUUUCUAAUCAGACAGAUAUGGAUCAGUGUGUGAAGUGUCCAGGCGAUCAGUAUGCCAACAAAGAGAAAAAUCACUGCCUCAAGAGGACUGUGACAUUUCUGGCUUUUGAAGACCCCUUGGGGAUGGCUCUGGCCUUCCUUGCUCUGUGCUUCUCUGUACUCACAGCUCUUGUUUUUUGGGUCUUUUUAAAGCAUCAUGACACACCUAUUGUAAAGGCCAAUAAUCGUACUCUCAGCUACACUCUACUCAUUUCUCUUAUAUUUUGUUUUCUUUGCUCCUUGCUUUUUAUUGGUCACCCAAACACAGCCACCUGCAUCAUGCAGCAGAUCAUAUUUGGAUUUGCAUUUACUGUGUCUGUGACCACUGUCUUAUCCAAAACCAUAACUGUGGUUUUAGCCUUUAAAAUCACUACUCCAGGAAGGAGGAUGAGGGGGCUGUUGGUAUCUGGGGCACCAAAUUAUAUAAUUCCUGUCUGUACACUGAUCCAAAUUAUUCUCUGUGGGUUCUGGCUAGGAACAUCUCCCCCAUUUGUGGAAAGAGAUUUACACACUGAAUAUGGUCACAUCCUCAUUAUAUGCAACAAAGGCUCAGUCAUAGCCUUUUACUGUGCACUUGGAUACCUUGGCUCCCUGGCCCUUGUAAGUUUUACUGUGGCUUUCUUGGCCAGGAACCUGCCUGACACAUUCAAUGAAGCUAAGUAUCUGACAUUCAGCAUGCUGGUGUUCUGCAGUGUCUGGGUCACUUUUCUCCCUGUCUACCAUAGCACCAAAGGCAAAGUCAUGGUUUCUGUAGAGGUCUUCUCCAUCUUGGCCUCCAGUGCAGGGCUCCUAGUAUGUAUCUUUUUCCCCAAAUGCUACAUUAUUCUUAGGAAACCUGACAUAAAUUCAAAUGUAUGUAAGAAAAAUAGUAUGCAGUUAUGA